AUGUCUCAAGGUACAAUCGAAGAUGUUCCAGGUACCGAAUAUCUUAUCGACGUUGAUCACCCAGUGGUUCAUUCUCACCCCGGAGGGGUUUCAUCCAAUAUUGUUAUGAUUCCUCGGCCCACAGCCUGUAGUGGAGAUCCCCUGCUUUGGCCGCGAUGGAAGAAAUACUACCAAUUGUUCCUUGUUGCACUGUAUGCUUGUGCAUUCACUGCUUGGGAGGCCAUAUCCAAGGAUACAAAUGUUAGCCUCACUAACAUGAAUGGCGGUUCGGCUCUCAACUACUUACUACUGGGCUUCUGUAAUAUUUUCUGGAUACCUGCAGCUAAAAGACUUGGUAACAGGUUUGUGUUUCUGACUACGACCCUAAUUUGCAUGUGUGCCGGUAUUUGGCUAGGUAAAUUCCAAGGUACUGGAGAGUGGAUGGGUGCCAUGAUCUUGAAUGGUUUGGGUACAUCGGCGUAUCAGGCUGUAAUUCAAUUAACCAUAUUUAACAUGUUUUUUGUUCACGAACGUGGCCGAAUGCUUGCAGUUUAUCUGUUCGGGCAACAACUUGGGUCCAUCCUUGGCCUCAUCUCUGGAGGUUCCAUCGCCGAUGGCCCUGGAUGGAGAUGGAGUCAGUACAUUGUGGGCAUUAUCGAUGGCGUUUUAUUCUUGCUCCUGUUUUUUUCCUUGGAAGAGACAACAUUCCCGCGCUUUCUAUUCUCCUCCACAGGCACAGAACGAAAUCGAACUGUUGUAGCAACAACCUCUGGCACGGGCAAGGAAGAUCUGGAGAUGUCAAAUACGAGGCUAUCGCACGGUUCCACUCCGGCAGAAUUGCCGUCUUCGUUGUUUCCAAGAAGGACCUACCUCAAAAUCCUCACGCUGUGGGUAUACCAGUCAGAAGAUUCGACCACAUACUGGGACUACUUCAAACGUCCCUUCUUCCUGUGGUCGUUUCCUACAGCUGUUAUUCCGGGGUUCAUCUUUGCUUUUGGAUGCACAGCUGGAAUAGUAUCCUUCAAUACUGUAUCAGAGAUCUUUUCCUCUGAUCCAUAUGAAUUCUCAUCAACGACCGUUGGUUUUAUUUGUUUCGCAACUCUCAUCGGAUCUACUAUCGGUUACUUCACUGGAGUGUUAUCUGAUCAUAUUGUUGUUUUCCUCGCCCGCCGCAACAAAGGAGUCAAAGAGCCUGAAAUGCGUCUUUGGACCCUUACCACAAGUUUCGUAUAUGCGGCUGUUGGGUACAUGCUCUAUGGCUGGGGUGCUCAGACGCAGGCAAGCUGGGUCGCGGUUUCGAUUGGCUUGGGAGCUCUAAUUGCUCAGCAAGUGAGCGCCUGCACAAUCGCCACCGCAUAUGCAAUGGAAUGUUUCCCCGGUCUUGCCGGUGAACUAGUAGUUAUAUUGGCAAUGUGCAGCUCCAUGGUCAAUUUUGCAAUUUCAUACAGUGUGCAGCCCUUCAUCAAUGCUACAGGAUACGGCUGGGCAUUUUUCUUUUUUGGAAUGUGCGUUCUAGCUAGUAUAUCUGGUGGAGUGCUUCUUGUGGCCAACGGAAAGAAUUGGAGAAGGAAAUGUGCUCCAAGAUAUCGUCAGUAUAUAAACGAGACAGCCAUACCGGUCUCUUAA